CCAGUCUUGUUGUUGAAGACCGAGAGUAGUCCCACGGAUGCAUACCGAGAGCUCUUCUCGUCGGCGGCUGAUCCAGCCUUUGUCCCUCGAUUCGUGCCUGUCCUACAGCAUCGCUUCGAGGAUACGGGCCUGUCGAACUUUGAGAAUCUCAUAAGCCACCAGCAGAUCUCGGACAAUGUUGCGUCCAAGUAUGGUGGAAUAAUCUUCACAUCUCAACGUGCUGUUGAAGCUUUCACCAAGCUUGUCAAUGAGAGCACAGGUAUUGCUGUCCUGAGACACCAUUGUUUACAAACAGUACCUAUAUAUAGUGUUGGCCCUGCCACCACCCGUGCUCUAGAGGCGAUACCGCUUCCCCUGCGUAUUUUUGGCUCACACACUGGCAAUGGCGAGGCGCUCGCGCAGUAUAUGCUGGAGCAUUACGCAGCAUGGUACCCUGGGCGCAAGACACUGCCAUCUUUAUUGUUCCCAGUGGGAGAGCAAAGGCGGGACAUAAUCCCCAAGACGCUGAUGGACCCAAGCCUUCCGUGCGAUAGGAGGAUAAACGUUACGGAAGAAGUUGUAUAUGGGACUGGCGUGAUGAAAACAUUUCCCGAAGACUUCACUGGCAUCUUGGAACAAACAAAGGACGCCUCAGAGAGAUGGGUUGUUGUCUUUUCACCCACAGGCUGUGACGGUAUGCUCAAGGGGUUAGGAAUCCUAGAUCCCCAAACAGGACAGGCGCUGCCGACGGAGGAGAGGAGGAGAUCGGGCACAUAUGUGAUCACGAUUGGACCGACGACCCAGCAGUUCUUGAGAGACAGCUUUGGUUUCGAUCCGGAUGCCAGCGCCGAGAAGCCAUCUCCCCAGGGCGUCUGGGAGAGCAUACAGAAUCACAGGAAUUCGCGAACACCGUGAAUACAAAACGUCAUUCUGUGUCUGCGCAUUUUCUGCUUGUGGAUGAAUCUUCAGUGUAUGGUGCGGGUAUCAUUAUGCUCAACAAACUAGAGGAACCCAAGUUUUCUCUGUUUGUGCCUCUUAUUUCGUCCUCCAUGUACUCGUCUUUAGCUCCCAAUUUUUGAUAGGGAGAUGCCUUUUUUUUACGCUGCAAAACGCCAAAGUCCCGAUGAUGCGCCAUCCCAAGCAAAAACCCAAACGACGCACGAAAGCCAAAGGUAGUAGCUUACGAGCGUCCAAUAGCCCAUAAUUCGACGCCAAGCACACCAAACUUCUCGCCCUCGUCACUCAAAGGCUCAUUUCCAAAGGUCUCGGACCGCGAGCUGUGCCCCAUGCCUAGCGCAUCGUCGAGCCAAAGGCCAUAGUGCCCACCCCCAGAGCCCACACUUAGGAACCCGUGCUCGCAGUUGAUGUAGAAAUCGUUGAGACCAC